AUGAUUAAAAUGAACAACACUAUCAAUUGUCAUAAUAAGAGACGAGACAUUGCUAUGCGAAUAUCUAUUGAUAGUUCGACAAAACCAAUCGUAUUAUUAUAUAAUAGGACACUAGAAAAUGGCGUUCACGAUUCCAAUUCCAAUAUGAAUAUUAUUCUUUUUAUUGUGAUGAUAUGUGUCAGUAUUCCAAGUGUAUUCAUUAAUCUAUUUGCUAUAUAUCGACUUCAAGCCAAUACAAAAUUAAGUGUUUUUGCUUUUCGUACAAUUCUUCAUGUUAGUCUAUUUACAACAUGUACGUGUGUGCCACUGUUUCUAAUUGAAUUAUAUUUUAAUUCAUAUUUUCCAUUACCACCAUCAAUAUGUAAAAUAUGGUUCAUUGUUGAUUAUGCAUCCACUAUUUGUCUUGGUCUGUUAGUAUGUUGGGCAUCAAUACAACGACAUAUACUUAUAUUUGGUCCAAUUCAUAUUAAAAAACUUCAAUCAACAUUGAAAUAUAAAUUAAUACCAAGUAUUUUUGCUGUAGGUCUUCCAUUAUCAUGGUAUUCAAUACUUGCCUUAACAUGUGAAUUUGACAAGACAUUAAAUGAAAAGUUUCGAUGUCAUCCAUGUUUUGAAAAUGAAAAAUUUGUUUUUCUAAUUGAUACUAUUUUAAGCUUAAUUUUACCAUUAUUUGUUACUAUAUUAGUAACAUUUGGUCUAUUAAUACGUAUUAUACGUUUGCGCCUUAGGAUAUUUCGUUUUCCAUCAAAAAAAUGGCGUCGUUGUAAACGGUUAACACGCCAAAUGGUAUUAUUUUCAUUAAUCUAUUUAAUUGGUCUUGUACCAUAUGUUUUAACAAGGCUAAAUUCUUUAUAUAACUUUUGGCCAUCGAUAAAUUUACCUUGGUGCAUACAAAUAGCUGACACAUUUACAUAUGUUCCUUGUUGUUUUUCGUCAUUUUUAAGUAUAUAUGCAUUUCCAGAAAUUUGGACGAAUCAAAGAAAUCGUCGUCAUAAACAUCAUCAUCAUCAUCUUCACAAAACAAAACGACGACAUGAAACAAUACCAGUUAGUGCAUCUACAAUAUUAACAGCAAUAGAAUGA